AAGAAAUAUAAAUAUAAGAUAGGUAGCAGGCUUGUAGGUAGAAUAUAGUAUAGUUUAAUUAGUUAUAUGAUAGGUAUAGUAGGUAGGGAAUAUAGUAGUAGUUCGAUGAAUUCAAGAAGCAAUAACAAUAAGGAGAUGAAGAUGAAGAUGAAAGAAAAAAAAGAUAUGAAACCAUAUAGAGGAAUAAGGAUGAGAAAGUGGGGUAAAUGGGUGGCUGAGAUUAGAGAACCAAACAAAAGAUCAAGAAUUUGGUUAGGUUCAUACAUAACACCUAUUGCCGCCGCACGUGCGUAUGACACGGCCGUUUUCUACCUUAGAGGUCCUUCAGCACACCUUAAUUUUCCCGAAUUGUUGUUGAAAGAUCAAGAAGAAGAAAAAAACGAACAAGGUUGUUGUUCUAUCAAACAACAUGAUAAUAUGUCGGCUGAUUCAAUUAGGAAAAAGGCUACUCAAGUUGGUGCUAGAGUUGAUGCUCUUCAAAUUUCUCUUCAUCAUCACUCUUCUUUCAAUUCACUCAAACCUGAUUUGAAUGAGUUUCCAAAACCCGAAGAUUAUUGAUCAAAAAGUUCAAGAUUUUAGAGAUUUGCGGCCGCAUCAAAUAUAACUUUGUAAUAACUUUAUGAUUAAUAUCAAUAUACUCUUAAUUAUAUAUAUCAUUGUAUAUAUUUGGAGUUUUCUGUGCAUGAUACUUGAGGUUUGGAAAUUAGUCCCUUCUCUUCUUUUUUUUUUUUGUGUUUUUCGUGUUGGAUAUCUUUAUUGAUCAAUCUUUUUUUAUAGAUA